AUGAACGGCAUCCUCAGUGCUGCCCCGCCGGGCGCCCUCUACGUCCGUGCGCUCUACGACUACGAUGCAGACGACCGGACAAGUCUGAGUUUCCACGAGGGCGACAUCAUCCAAGUCAUCACCCAGCUCGAGAGUGGCUGGUGGGAUGGCGUCAUUAAUGGUGUCCGUGGCUGGUUCCCGAGCAAUUACUGUCAGAUCAUCUCCGGGUCCGAGGAGCUUCCAGACCAAGUCCACAACGUGGACACACUCGACCACUUUGACGACAAGCAAGAAGACUCGGUUGCGUACGUGGAAGAGGAAUUUGAUGAUGCUGGUGAAUCAGAUUUCGAGGAGGCGGGUCUGCCACUCGAAGGUGCCGGGGGUCCUGGAAAGUCUGGGGCCGACUUCUGGAUCCCGCAGGCCACUUCAGAUGGGCGGCUUUUCUACUACAACACAAUGACUGGAGAGAGCAGCAUGGAACUGCCCCUGGAGUCUCCGACUUCUGCGAGCGAGAGCGGGCCCCGUGAUCGCAUGAAUGUCAACAUGCCGGAGAAGACGAGGCCACCACCAGAGAUGAUGGCUCGAGGCCUCACGCAGGACGAGGACGAGGACUCAGAGGCAGCUUCCGCAUCAGAGUAUGAAGACGGUUAUGCAAAGAAGGGAUCAAUAUCAUCUCGAACGAGGCGAGCCUACGAUGGCAUUGGUGUCUCACCGUCACCAUCCUUGGACUCGAUAAACGGCAUGGCUACUGCGCCAAGGGGCCGGAAUGACACUUUUGUCAAUACUUCACUCGCCAUGGCCCCCGGUAUAGCUCAGACUCCGGUGCUCGCAUCCGCGACGUCUUUCACUGGCGCUGGCUUCAACCUGCCCCAGGCUGCGACUAUUCCUCGCUCGUUCUUCGAUGAUGGGGCUUCACAACCCCUCACGUGGAACACUCUUGUCGGCAACAUGAAGCGUGCAAUUGAUCGCUAUCGUGACGCCAUCACCAGCAACAAUCGGGCCGAGUACGUCAGUCGCGCAGAAGACAUUUCAGACCACCUGAGGCUGCUGCUGGCCGCGGGAUCAGGCACGACAGACAACCACUCAGGUCAGCCGUCAAUUAUUUCGACCAACAAGGCGCUGUAUCCUCACUUCCGUGACAUGAUGUCCAAGUUCUCGAAACUGGUGAUUUCCUCGCACAUUGCUGCAGCCGACUGGCCCAAUGCGGAGUCAGUCCAAAAGUGUCUGCAAGAGGCCGAUGGUGUUCUCUUCGGGGUAUUCAGCUUCGUCGAAGUUGCCAGGCAGCAGAGGGGCGAAGACAUUCCGCGGCUAUUUCCUGGCUUCGUCAUUGGCAGUACCGCUGGUGGAAGCUGGCAGAACAAUGGGCUGGCGGUUCGCGACCCAAUCACCUCUGACUUCCUGCAGGACGAGGAAGGCUCGUACGAGCCAACAGCUGUGCUUGAUGGCAAACUCCUGGAGAGAUUGGACGAAUAUAAGCGCAUGCUUGUGUCCAGCAUCCGGGAGCUGGAAAAGAACUUGGGCGUGACCGACAAGAAUCUCACCCCGUAUCGGCACGAGAUUAUCGGCAACAAUGUUUGUCUUGCGGGUGGCAAGGUUCUGGAAAUGUUCAAAUCGUGGAUUGCAAUGAUCGAAUCUAUAGAUCUGUCGUCGCUGGGCGACAUGUUUCAGACGCCACAACUCGCCGACUUCAGCACUAACAAGCAAAGCUUGUACGACAAUAUCUCAGACCUGGUGUUGAGCUGUCAGAGAGUGGCAGGGCCACUCGGCGAUGAAUGGUCGGAGAUUCGCGGUGAAUCUCUUGAAAGUCGAUUGGAAUACGUCAGGCAAUGCGCCCGUGCGCUCGAAACCAAUUCCUCACACAUCAACUUCUCCUUACAGCUACUAUCUGAACAAGUGCAGAUCAACACACAGCAACAAGACACGAGGUUCCACGAUGAUCCGACACCGCCGCAAUUCAGAAGGGGGGAGACGAUGCCUUACGGAUCGUCCCAUGGUCGCACAGAAUCCCGGACGCUCGGAGGACGACCGCCACUGAUGACCUCGCAGUCCUUUUCCGACAUGGACGGUGCGCCGCAUAACUGGAGGAAGGGAGAUUUGUCCAAGGUCCGCAAGAUCCUCGGUGAUGACCCAACGCCAGCUGGUUCUUUGCAGCAGGCCGAAGAGACCCCUAUUUUCUUGUCACUCGAUCUUGAGCACGAACUGUCUUGGGAUCUGAAGACAUCUCCACCAGCGAUCAAGGGCGGCUCACUGCUUGCUAUUGUCGAGCAGCUCACUAGGCAUGACAAGCUCGACUCGAACUUCAACAACACUUUCUUGCUGACGUACCGGUCGUUCACAACCGCACGUGAGCUGUUUGAGCUUCUCGUCAACCGAUUCAAUAUUCAACCCCCGGAGGGCUUGAGCAAUCAAGACUAUGACGUUUGGAGAGACCGCAAGCAGAAGCCGAUCCGCUUUCGAGUGGUGAACAUCCUCAAGUCCUGGUUUGACAAUUUCUGGAUGGAGGAGCCGAGCGAUGAGUCGAGACAGCUGAUCCGCGACGUUUUCACAUUUGCGAAAGAUACAGUCAAGUCAACUGAGACCCCCGGCUCUGCCCCGCUCAUGGCUGUUCUGGACCAGCGCCUCAAUGGCAAGGAGAUUUCGUCAAAACGCAUGAUCCAGACAUUUAACAACAACGUUCCGGCGCCAAUCAUGCCAAAGAACAUGAAGAAGCUCAAGUUCUUGGACAUUGACGUCACCGAGUUUGCCCGCCAGCUGACCAUUAUUGAAUCAAAACUCUACGGCAAGAUCAAGCCUAUCGAGUGCUUGAACAAGACAUGGGGCAAGAAAGUUGGCGAGAAUGAGCCGGACCCUGCGCCAAACGUCAAGGCUCUCAUCUUGCAUUCUAACCAGAUGACGAACUGGGUAGCGGAGAUGAUUCUGGCACAGAUGGACGUCAAGAAGCGUGUUGUGGUCAUCAAGCACUUUGUGUCUGUGGCUGACAAAUGCCGGACUCUCAACAACUUUUCCACCUUGACGUCGAUAAUAUCGGCUCUCGGCACAGCGCCAAUUGCACGCCUCAAGCGCACGUGGGAUCAGGUCCCCGCGCGCACGAACACCACGCUGGAAGCCAUGAGAAAGCUCAUGGCAAGCACGAAGAACUUUGGCGAGUACAGAGAGGCGCUCCACGCGGCUAACCCGCCCUGUAUUCCAUUCUUUGGUGUCUAUCUCACCGACUUGACCUUCAUUGAGGAUGGUAUCCCGUCCAUCAUCAAGAAGACGAAUCUCAUCAACUUCGCCAAGCGCGCGAAGACCGCCGAGGUUAUCCGCGACAUCCAGCAGUAUCAGAAUGCGCCAUACUCACUGCAGCCUGUGCCCGAGCUGCAGGAUUACAUUCUCAGCAACAUGCAGGCUGCAGGCGACGUCCACGAGAUGUACGACAAGAGUCUAGUAGUUGAGCCUCGUGAGCGCGAGGACGAGAAGAUUGUUCGUGUGCUGGCUGAAUCUGGCUUCCUAUGA